UGCAAGGUCGUUUUUCUAUGGAAUGACUGUUGAGGUUUACGCAGUGAGUAGCAUGGAGUAACCUUGACGCUACCACUACGCUGCCGUGAACCGCAUAUCAGUCCCAUGUUUGCUGGAUUUCAAAUUCUCACUAUACCAGUUUCUCUUUCACACUCCCUAUUUUAAACCAUUAUCAAAUUUCUUAAUGAUGUUGAACGACCCAAUCAAAGAUAAAGCAGACAUGGGGGUAAGCCGUUAUCGUUCAAUUAUUGCCUCGUCAGCAAAAUUUUACCGACAACCGAUAACCACGCGUCCCAUAAAUAUAAACAAAACAGAUUGCAAAACAGUAACAAUCGCUUCAGCUUCAAAUUCCUAUCUUUGCUCCGAAAUUGGAUUGGCUAUGUCAAGGUUACAAGUAAGAUUUUGCCCCUACAUGACAGCAUUGCAAUCGGUGCCACCAGAAGGGACGCAUCAAAAUGCGGGUUGUUCAACUGUUUGAGAAAUACCGCAAUGAGUACUUGGCUACUCUGGCAGCGACCCUAUCGAUCAUGAUGGCGGUCAUGACCAAUGCGUGGUCAUCGCCGGCCAUCGUCAAGCUGGAGGCCGAGGAUUCUCCGAUUCCGAUUACCGAAGACGAAGGAUCGUGGAUUGUGGCGAUCCAAGCUAUUGGUGGCAUUUUCGGACCAAUUAUUACCGGAGUUGCAGUGGACCGGAUCGGACGGAAGUGGACACUGCUGAGUGCGGCUAUCCCGACGGUGAUUGGAUGGAUUCUGGUUGGAUUAGGGGAUUCGGUUGGGUAUCUAUAUGCGGCGAGACUGCUGUUCGGAAUUAGUUAUGGAACGACUUACUCAGUUUCGCCGAUAUAUUUGGGCGAAAUUACCUCGGACGCUAUUAGAGGUGCUUCCGGAACGAUGAUAACAGUACUGGCAAGGAUCGGGUUUCUGCUGAUGUAUAGUAUUGGACCAUAUUUAGAGUACAGAACGUUGGCCUGGGUAUCCAUGGUUGGACCAGCGCUGUUUCUGUUGAGUUUUAUGUGGAUGCCGGAAACGCCAUAUUACCUGAUUGGGAGGAAUAAGUUUAAACAGGCGGGAAAAAGUUUAUCGUGGCUUCGACGAUCGUCAAAAAUUUCCGAAGAAUUGGAGACCAUGAAGACCUCUGUGGAGAAAUCGAAUGAAGAUAAAACCUCUUUGAAAGAGCUGUUCACUCCAAAGUAUCGCAACAACAUGCGGAUUGUUUUUGUUUUGGUGUUCAGUAUGCAGUUCACUGGCAUUCUCGCCAUUCUGGGAUAUGCUCAGACCAUUUUCGGAAAGAUUUCCACCAGUUUGAAGGCGGAAGAGAUGUCUAUCGUGUUGGGAGCAGUUCAACUGGUUGCCGUGAUAUUUCCCGCCUUUUUGGUUGAUCGAAUGGGUAGACGGCCGCUCUUGCUGAUUUCUGCAGUCGGGACCACAUUUGGACUGCUCGUUUGCAGCGUAUACUUCGCCAUUGCUGGAGAUGACUAUGAAGGAAACCUUGGAUGGAUUGCAUUCAUUGCCAUUCUCGUCUACAUAGUUUUCUACGGAUUGGGUUUGGCCACCGUAUCGUUCGCUGUUCUGACGGAAAUAUUCCCGAAAAAUAUCCGUGCCUACGCGAAUGCCACCUUCUCGAUUUCAAGUGCAAUACUCAUAUUCGGGAUUGUUAAAGGUUUUCAAGUGACGCUAGAUAACGUUGGUGCAUAUCUGCCGUUUGGGAUAUUUGCCGUGUGUGAAGCUAUUGGAGCGGUGCUUAUCUAUCUGUACAUUCCGGAGACGAAAGGCCAAUCGUUGGAUGAAGUUCAGCGGAUAGUGGCGGGGAAUCGAAGGUCGUAAUGUGACGAAUGGCCGCCCACCGGUUGUGAUAAUGUUUUGUUUGUGGAUUCGUCACGGUUAGUAAAAUGAACAAUUUCAUCUCUCAAAGUAGUUUGAUUGUAUUAGAAGUCACCACUAUGUCGUCUGUCUGUUGUUAGAAUAUUGUAGGUACUAACAAAAGGUUUUAAAUAAAUAAGGAUAAUGAAAAAAA